UCUGUGGCAACGUUCACAUUCUUUCUCACAAAAUUCUUGAUCCAAGUGAUGUUUUGUUCCUCAAUCGUUCAGUCUGUUGAUGUGCAAAAGCUAAAUGAGCAAAGAGUCCUGAAAGUCGUUGUGUUCAACAGCAUUACAAGUUACUGGCGGUCAGAAUAGGUGCAAUACCUGGAGGUGUGAAGCUUGAAAGCAGCAGAUUGGAAACGUCUGCCGAAUUGCUGGAUUAGGAGGAUACAGGAUACCCCACAACAGGAACGAGGCGUGAUGGCGAGCCCAAGACGAAACCCCCUUGGGGAACACACGGCCAGCAAUGCGUCAGGUUCGACAAGUCCUCAACGUCACAAUAACCAAGGGUUCUUUUCGGAUUCCAAGGGUAUAGGACACGAACAAGAGGAUAAUGACGAGAAUGUCAUCAGUGCUACGCAUUCGUACUCGCCUUCGAAAGCCAUAAACGAAGACAGAAACUCUGCCAACUUUUACAGCUCUGGUAAAUCUCGCUCCAUGGACGCCAACAUGCUUGCAGCGAUGCGAAGAGGCGUGAUGAACCUUAUCGACGGGACGGCGUCGGGGACAACCGCUACAACCUCAACAGUUGCUGCGAACGGGGAAGAAGAAGAAGAAGAAGAAGAAACAGCAGCUACCACGAAUGCAACUAUGCAAGGCGACGAAAUGACUACCGGAACCAGUAAUCUCACCGCAGAGAAUCCUUUUGAAACCCCCACGAUUGAGGAUCUGGCUGUUCUCGAAAAACCUACCAUUGUGCGUCAACAGUCGCAAGUGACCACGAUCUUUUCGUCGGAAAACCCCUUUGACGGGCUCGGUGACAGCAACAGUGACCACAAGUCCAGCGGUAGCAGCAAUGUCAGUACCGACAGCAAGCACGAAAUCGCCAUGGUUGAGACGGUUACCAGUGAAGAUUCCACUUUGGACAAUGCUACAAAGGCAACGAUGGAUCACUCCAAAGCAAGCAGCACCUUCUUGAGCAAUCACACUUUUGAUGGAACCAGUGACGCUAUCAUGGAUGGUCCUCCUGAGGGACGGGGAGUAUUUCAGCCCCCACAACAGGUUGUAUCGAAAAACCGCUUUGACAGGUUUCCCACGAGAAGUACUGACGAGUCUAGCAGCGUCUUCCUUCAGAAGCCUGUGUCUUCCGACGGCGAAGAUGGAGUUGGAUUUCAUCAGCCAACGGAAAGCCCGGUAUCGUCAGAAGACAGCGAUGAUGUUGGCUAUGGAUCAUCAAAGAGCCCAACUGAAGAAGGAGGCAGCGCUUCAUCCAAGGACACUUUUUCGACUGCCAUGGGAAGUAUUUCGGCGACCAGCUCGAGAGACACAAACGAUUUUGACUCCGAAAUCAUGUCCAAUGCAACUUCGGACGCGUUCAGUGGAUUGAUGAGCCAACCUGAUACUGAGUCGUUGUCUGAGGCCGGAACAAAACCGGCAUAUAAGUCACGCACGCGAUAUGGACCCUCCGCAACGCGAAGAGGUGAUCUUCAGAGUUCCCUCUCAGGCAGAGAAGACGAAACCCUUACAUUGUUUAGCGCUGCCACGGACAAGACCCCUCGGAUGAACAAUCUUGAGACUCAAGACCAGGCCGAAUCAUCGCCAAUGUCACCCAGAGACCGGUAUUUGAUGGCCAUUAGGAACUCAAUCUCGAAGCACCAAAAGGCCUGCGGGCCAAUGUCUCCUCGGGAUCGGUACUUGAUGGCCGUCAAGCAAGCUGCCGAAAAAUGCAGAAUCGUGAUCUCGAGUCCCAGGGAAAUUGUCACCGGUCCCUGCACUACUCCCGUAAAGGCUCAGAUCAGACAGUUCGAUCGUUCCCCCAGCGAUUUGAGCUUGGGGCGCUCGCCGUCUAGAAGCUUUGAACGUUCCCCGACUGCCCGGAAGUCUUCAAGUAGAUUUGCCUUACCUUCGACACCAACACUGGGAAUGUCCAACAGUGAAAAGGAGGAUGAGGAGGAACAACCCCUUGAGUUUGGCUUGGCUUUGUUCGGCAAAGAGGAUUCAGCAGCAGACCUGACAAAGGAAGUGGAUCGUCUUAACGAGAUUCACGCCAAGAGCGCUUUGUCUACCUUUCACCAAGAUGUUAGUCGAUCAUCAUCUGGCGAGUUACCGGUUAAGGAGCAAAUUGACAAGGGCAGCGACACCUCACCAGUGAAGACCUACCUUCAGUUAGACGUAGAAGCGGCUGCUUCGAAUCAAGAAGAAGUUGAAACGAAAGCUGAAGAAGCGGAACCAGCAAAGUCGAUGGGCCCAAUCGACACAUUGCGAAGCUCCCUUGCCAUGAUUUGGAACAGCAAACCCGUGCCCAGAUUAGCUGGGAGCCAGUCAUCUGAACAGCAGCCUCAAGAAUCAAACCAGAAGACCAUUGCACAGUCCAACUCUGAGCCUUCGCCGCUAACCCAGGUUGCCGUCGAGACGUCAGAUAUUCCAGUGAAGAAGACCCAGGAGUGCGACGACGAUUCAUGUUGCCAAGUGCCUAGCGAAAACACAGUCGGUGCCAUAGAAUCAUUGCGUUCAAGCCUCAUGACGAUUUGGAACAGCAAGCCACGCCCAGCAAUUGCAGCGAACGCAGCGAGAAAGGACGAGAAACCCCCCUUCACACAGGGUUCUCCUCCAACCAAGCCCAAAGGCAGCACCUCUCCUUCUUUGAAGUCUCACGAGUCACCAACAAAGAUGCAAGAUUCAUCUUCACUUGCGGAUACAAGCUCUAGUGGACACAAUUCAGAGUUUAAGCGCGGGCGGAGUGAAGAUUCAUUGGACAACCAUGCGAAACAGACUCGACGAACUGACGGCCUCUCUGCAAGGCAAAGGCCCUCGUUUAGAGAGGUUAGAGAGACGAAAACUUCGGUUAGAGUGACGAGGCUGACGAUGGGAAGCCAGUACUUGAAGCCUAGGCAACGUGGUCGCUCGUUGUCCCGCGAGAGAACUGUUACGCCGAUUCCAUCAGAUGAAGACCUUUCCUCUCCUGGCGGACUACUCGGCGACGUCAAAAGGCACAGCUAUGACUCGUUGGAAGAGGAGAUCGACUUGGAGGCCCAACGAACUCCUAAUCCAUAUCCCAUGGCUUCAAGUUACAGGGUGUCCCCCAAGAAGCCCCCGAGUGCUUCGGCAUCUCCCAAGAGGAUUUCCAAGUAUUUGGCGUCCCCCAAGCCGCUGAGUUCCAAGCCGUCUCUUUCUCCGUCGCCGUCUUCGGUCAAGCCCACUAUGACCACUGACACAGAAAACUCGUUCAUCAACGCUGCCCUCAAGGCGCGAAAUGUCAACGAUGUUGUUGUGAUUUAUUCGGGAACCCCCGAAACGAGAGACUGGCACCCACCUGAGCAGGAACGAAAAGAACACGAUACGAUGGUACGAGCAAUCCUAGAGAGACCAUCGCUAAUUGACAAGUCAAUCAGGGAACCAUUUCAACCCAAGCAGUUGGACUGGCGAGACGUACGUAAAUGGACGGUGGCGACCAUGCUAAUGCUGUUCUUCGUGGCCGUGAUUGCCGGAUGCCUGGCAUGUGGCAUCACAGGAAACUGUGCCCGUAGAGACAUGAACGUUGCUGAGGAAGAAAAGGAGUUCCAGCCGCUGGUACUCGACCUCCCAGAUUAUACGCAAGAGUCGCUGAAAUCCCUACACACAGCCCAGACAAAGGCGUACUUUUGGUUGGAAAAGGACCCAUAUCGGAAUGCAUACAGUGAUGAGAGAAAGAUGCAACGCUUUGCUCUUGCUACUCUUUACUACUCUACAAAGAUUGCGCAGAACUGGACUGUCUCCACGUCGUGGCUCUCCUAUGACAUCCACGAGUGCUUUUGGUUUUCUUCCUACGAGGGGAUGGAUGUCUGCGAAGACGAAAAGAUCAAACAUCUCGUGUUGAAGAAGAACAAUUUGAGAGGAAACAUACCUCCAGAGAUCGCGUUCCUCACAUCGUUGGUCGAACUUGAUUUGUCGCGGAACGUGCUCUUUGGCCCCAUCCCGGAGCAGCUGAAGAAUCUAACAUCCCUUGAGCAACUUUGGCUCGAAAAGAACGAGCUGAAUGGCGGCAUACCGUCUGAAAUUGGUGCCUUAACCAAACUGACAAGUCUUGCACUGGCGACAAACGAUUUGAAGGGAAGCAUCCCAAGAGAAGUGGCCCAGCUCACGAACCUCAGAGCUUUGCGACUGUUCUACAACUUCUUAACAGGUACUGUUCCUUCUGAGAUUGCUCGUCUCACAAAGCUUGAGCUCCUUGAUGUGGAUGUGAACAACUUGUCGGGAUCGAUCCCGACUGAGCUGGGCUUCUUGAGCAACUUGAAGGAGCUCUGGCUGGACUGGAACAGCUUCGUUGGGCCCAUCCCAACAGAGCUCGGUCACUUGGAAAACCUUCGCAAGCUCUACUUGGGUAGAGCGUUUGUGGGGGAAGAUUUGAGGGACGACGAUUGGAAACAAAGUGGAGACUAUCUGAUUCCCACCGAGCUUGGGAUGCUUACCAAUCUAGAAGAGCUUUAUCUUGACAACAACGACUUGACGGGCGUCAUACCAACCGAGUUGUCCGCCCUGACCAAUCUACAACGAGCAACCCUGGACAACAAUUAUCUGAAAGACACGAUAUCCCCAGGUGUUUGCAGCCUCUUUGGAGGUCAGCUCGAAAGUCUCUCUGUUGACUGUUCCGAAGUUCUCUGUUCCUGCGGCUGCACUUGCGCCUAGGCCUAGCUUUGUUUCCCUCUUCUCUACGAUCUCCCAAAGGCUCCUCAACGCCAAACAUCUUGCAUCGUUUGUGUAGUACAUAUUGCUAUCUAGUUCUCAUGGUUUACAGGCACUGUGCUGUCGUAUCUUCAUUUCCCAUAUUGUUGCUAUUGUGUUGAUAGCUAGCCAUAUCUUCUGCAACAA